AUGUCUACUCUCCUGUUUGACCCAUUGACAGCGACAACUGUCGAGCUGCAACGGCGACUAGUUAGUGGGAAAUUAAAUAGCGUUCAGAUUAUUGAGACAUACCUCGCCCAGAUAGAUGCACAUAAUCCGGCCCUUAAUGCCUUCAUCUCACUCGCUCCUCGAGAUGCUCUUAGAGACACCGCAGCAGCGCUCGAUGCUGAGCGCGUUGCUGGAGCUCUUCGCGGCCCUUUCCAUGGCAUACCCAUUGUUCUAAAGGAUAGCAUUAUGACGGCUUCAGAGCUUGGGAUGCCUACAACUGCGGGCUCUUUCGCACUGGUGCAAGCCAAAUGCAGAAAGAAUGCUCCGUUGGUACAAAACUUAAUAGAUGCUGGCCUCAUCAUCCUGGGAAAGGCCAAUUUGACCGAGUUCUGUGGCUUAAAGACCUCAGCCAUGAUGCCUGGGUGGUCUGCUUACGGCGGCCAGACGCUGUCUCCGUAUGUUGGCAAGAUUGAGGAUAAUGAGACAAUCCUUGGUCACUCUUCACCCGGAGGCUCAUCGACAGGACCAGCGGUAGCUGUAGCUGCUGGAUUUGCCCCUCUGUCGAUAGGCAGUGAGACUACAGGAUCGAUUAUGGUACCUGCGUCCCGAAACGCCCUGUAUGCAAUCAAGCCUACGGUUGGGGAUGUUGAUAUGACAGGAGUAUUCUCCCUAAGUGAACUCUACGAUGCCGCCGGACCAAUGGCGAAAUCAACCAAUGAUCUUGUACCUGUAACUGAGAUACUCCUGGGUCGCAAACUGAUCUUUACAGGACAAAAAGACUGGCAAAAUUUGUCAGUUGGCUUCGUUGAUCCGAGGAUAUGGAAUCUUGGAGACUCAAUGUGUAGACAUCAUGAGGGCACAGCAGAAGAGAUGAUUGAGACUUACGAGCUGGUUGUCUCUAAGUUAAAGGAAGCUGGAGGCGUUAUCCAUUAUCCUGUUGUUGUCCCGGAUGUUUCAGAGUUGACCGUCGAUGGCAAAGAGGCGUUUAUGAAGAUUGCAUUUUGGGAUUGCAAGAACAGAACCAUUGACAAUUUUCUCAAGGAGUACGAGGAAUCGCCUGUUCGCUCGCUUGCUGAUGUUAUCAAGUUCAAUGAAGAGCACAAAGAUGACGCCCUCCCUCAUCCAUUCCCUGACCAGAAUGAUCUUCACAAGUGUCUGGACAACGCCGACGAGGAAGAAGAGAUUGAGUUUCUCAAGAAGGGCCUACGGGCAAAGGCGAGACAACUUUUGGACUCUACCUUCGAUACUGAAGGGGUGAACAUUAUUGCUGCGCCCACUGAUUCGGCGCUGCUGAUCCAUGGCGCAGCUGCAGGCUACCCAACCGCCAAUGUUCCUCUUGGAAUUCUAUCGUACAAUGGCAGGGCAUACGGCACUUGUUUAAUUGCCAAGGCCGGCGAGGAAGAGACGUUGCUGCGGUUUAUGAACAUCUAUGAGAACACGCUCCCAUCAAGGCCUGUUCCCGACCUUGGAAAGCUGGCUCCCAUAGCAAGAUAA